CUGUGGUCGGUGGUCAGCUGUGCUCCUACCCCAGGUCCAGUGAGCCUUUUCCCUGGUGUUGCUGCUCUCGUUGCCGCCGCCGCCGCCGCCCCUUGCUCUGAGUAAUCAUGGUGUGCUUCCGCCUGUCACCGGUUCCGGGCGCGGGGCUCGUUCUGUUCUGCCUCGUCCUGGGAGCUAUCCGGUCUUAUGCAUUGGAACUUAAUUUGACAAAUUCAGAAAAUGCCACUUGCCUUUAUGCAAAAUGGCAGAUGAAAUUCACAAUACAUUAUGAAACUACCAACAAAACUUAUAAAACUGUAACCAUUUCAGACCUUGGCACUGUGACAUAUAAUGGAAGCAUUUGUGGGGAUGACCAGAAUGGUCCCAAAAUAGAGGUACAGUUUGGAUCUGGUUUUUCCUGGACUGUGAACUUUACCAAGGAGGUGUCCAAUUAUUUAAUUACCAGCAUCUCGUUUUCCUACAACACUAGGGAUAACACAAUAUUUCCUGAUGCUCAAGAUAAAGGAAUUCUUACUGUUAAUGACCCCGUGGCAAUCAGAAUUCCAUUGAAUGAAAUCUUUAGAUGCAAUAGUCUAUCAACUUUAGAAGAGAAUGAUGUUGUCCAAAACUAUUGGGAUGUUCUUGUGCAAGCUUUUGUCCAAAAUGGCACAGUGAGCACAAAAGAGUUUCUGUGUGAUAAAGACAGAACUUCAACAACGGUGGCACCCAUCAUUCACACCGUUGUGCCAUCUCCUACUACAACACCCACUCCGAAGGAAAAACCAAAGGUUGGAACCUAUUCAAUUAGUAAUGGCAAUGGUACUUGUCUGCUGGCUAGCAUGGGGCUGCAGCUGAACGUCACUCAGGAUAAGGUUGCUUCGGUUAUUAACAUCAACCCCAAUUCAACUGACUUCACUGGCAGCUGCCACCCUCAAACUGCUCUGCUGAGGCUGAAUAGCAGCAUCAUUAAGUAUCUUGACUUUGUCUUUGCUGUGAAAAAUGAAAACCGAUUCUAUCUGAAGGAAGUGAAUGUCAGCAUGUAUUUGGUUAAUGGCUCUGUUUUCAGCAUUGCAAAUAAUAAUCUUAGCUACUGGGAUGCCCCCCUGGGAAGUUCUUAUAUGUGCAAUAAAGAGCAGACUGUUUCAGUGUCUGGAACAUUUCAGAUAAAUACCUUUGAUCUAAGGGUUCAGCCUUUCAAUGUGAUGGAAGGAAAGUAUUCCACAGCCCAGGAGUGUUCGCUGGAUGAUGACACCAUUCUAGUACCAAUUAUAGUUGGUGCUGGUCUUUCAGGCUUGAUUAUCGUUAUAGUGAUUGCUUACCUAAUUGGCAGAAGAAAGAGUUAUGCUGGAUAUCAGACUCUGUAACACAAAUCCAUAUGUGAUCUCUGUUACAAAAUAAUAAAGCAAGUACAAAUUCCAACAUGCAACAUUUUUCAAUUUAAGGUAUAUUUAGUUACAGUCCUGCUCUUAAAUGGGUGGUAUGGGGGAUUUCGAACUUAAAACCUCCCCAAAACUAUAAACUACAAGUUAGUCAUAUGAUUUGGUUUCCCCAACCAAGGAAUUUAAAACUGUCAUUUCUGCUGCAAAAGACAUGUGCAAACUCACUUGGAUUAUAGGUUCUAUUUUACUGUCUUGAAUUAGUAUUUUAGUAUAUUUGCUUUAGAUAUUCUGACUGGUAAUAUAUGAGAGUACUUCAAAAAGUUCAUAGAAAAAUGGAAUUAAGAGAUAAUAGAAAUCUUUCCAUGAACUUUUUGAAGGCCCCUUGUACAGUUUAGGAAAAACAAUUUUUCAAAAGAAAUUUCUUUCCCCUGAAUGUAGUUGAGUUGGGAAAACACAUUCUAUAGUGGAUUUGUACUUGCUCCUUUUGCAUUUUUAAAUUUUUGAGGGGUGAUUUUCUUUGCAGGUUAACUUAGCUACUUUGGCAUUGCUGCAUAUUUGACCUAUGAGAGAUAUGCUAGUAGAUUUGAACAGGGCCUAGUAUUAUGUUCUUAGCAAUGAAUGCUUUUCUAAUGCUUUUUGAAUACAUUUGUAUUUAAUGUGGCUGUAAUGGCAAAAAAUACAAAAGCUUUCUAAAUUUUAGAAUAGGUGUUAACCUUAUUGUUUAAUCCUUUUUUAAAAAAUUGGAUAUUUCAGUCUUUUAAAUUGCAAGACACAAGACUAUUCCAACUGGGCAUUUCAAUCCAUUUUUUAGGUGCUUUAGAGAUAAUUGCUAGACAGUGCCAAAUGAGGGUAUUAGUCCUUUGUACCCGUAAGUUGGCCUCCACAUGCGGUAAUGAAAUUAAUGCGGAUUUUCUCUCUAGCCUUUCAGUAUUCCUUGUUGGUGGUAAUGUGUUUUGUUCUUUUCUUUUUCUUAAAGAAGAAAUGACAGUAUGUCCUAGAACCUAGAUAAAGGAGUGCACUUAAACAUAAAAUAACUUGCAUCUAACCUAAAAAGUCUUGGUCUUCUCUUAGUCCAUUAGAAAGUUGUUCUUUGUUUCCAGCUUGCAUUGAUUGCUACAACAUUUACUAAUUUGGCUUUUACAUUUAAAUGGUUCUGUGCUAAUCAAAACAUACAUUAUUAUUGUUCAUUAUGGUAGAAUCAUAAUUAAUUCACAUACUUUGUAGUCAUAUUUGUGCUCUGAGAGAUGCACCAAUUGUCCACUUGCCCUGCACCACCUAAUGUUUAUAUGAGAAAGCAAAACAUUUCAGCUUGACAGGUAACACAUCAUGUAUCUCUUGCUGCUUCUAGGAGAUCUUUUCUUGUAUUGGAAUGGCUGAGCAAAUAUUUGAAAGUUGUUAAUAUGCAGCCAUAUAUGUAAAGUUUCUGUGUUUUCUUGUUUUGUUUUUAUUGGGGGGGAUUAUGUGCCUCCCAUUCACUAGAACAUGAGAAAAUAUCUGGGUUCCAAAAUAUUGAUAUUAAAUUCAUCUAUAAUAUACAUACACAGACACAGGCAAUUGCAUGCUAGCAUGUGUAUGUCCAUGACUAUGUUUUGAAUUAUAUUCUGGUAAAAUAUAUAGUGGUAAAUAUUUUCUCUCACUUAAAUUUGCUUUCUGUUUAGCCUGAAAAUUUUACUGGCUCAGAAUCAGAUUCUUGACCAACCCUUCUCUUAGAACUACAUUAAGCUGCAUUGCUAGCUUAAAAUACUUCUUAAAGACUAAAUAUAAAUAUGAUUUUUAAAUAUUAUUUUUUAUUUAGAUUGUGUUUUAGUGUAAAAUUGUUAACCUUAUAAGAAUAUAAGAGAGAACUUAUAUGAGAACUUAUAUGAGGCCUUAGAUAUUUCUCAUGAGUCAAAACAAAGCAGCUUAAAAAAAAUUGGAAGCACAAGUGGGUGGCGUUGGCUUAAUGCUGUUAAUGUUUCUAAAAGUUUCUACAUUUAGAUUAUGUAUCAGAUUCAUAUUAAAAGCACUAAUAAGCACUGUUUUAUAGAAGAUCUGACUUCAGUGAAUAUUUUUGUAUUUUACAUGGGCCAGUUUGUAUACUGCUGUUUACACUAUUAUUUCCACUUGUUCUUUGUACCUUCUGAAUUAGUUUUAUUUGUUGUAAUGGGUUUAUACCUUGAUGGUAAUACUCUAUAUGGCUUUGGGUGUUUUUCAUGUUUUAGCAUUUGUAUAAGGAAACUGGUCCAUGUAAAUACUUUCCGUAUUUUUCCCUUAAAUGUCUAAACCACUAGUUGAUGUAUGGUAUCUCUCUUUAGAUAUUUGCCUGUCUGUUUGCUCAACAUUGCUUCUAAAACAAUAAAGAUUGUUUUAUUUCUUAAGGAAA